AUGGCCACCCUGCAGCUGAUGAGGCCCACCAGGACGGAGGGCCGGAUGGAAGCUCUGAUUCAGAUGAUGCUGAUGAUGCCCGUCCACCGUCUCGGUUGGUCGCUCGCCGUGAUAGUCUCCCUGCUGAUGAUGGUAUUGCUGAUGGCGGUCAGCCAGAUCGUGCCCAUCGCCAUGGAGCAGGUGUGGAAAGAACUGACGGACACAAUGGCGAUCUUCCUGCUGAGUCUCGCGGUGAUGGUGAUCUUCCUCCUGCCGGUCUUCGUGGCGCCGGGGAUCUUCCUGCGGAUCUUCGUGAUGCCGGGGGCCUUCGCCCACUGGAUCUUCCUGCUGGGCUCCGUGGUGUUGGGGGUAUUCGUUCUGCGGAUCCUCGUGGUGUUGGGGAUCUUCCUGCGGAUCUUCGCGAUUCCGGGGGCCCUCAUGGCGCUGGUGUUUUUCGCUCCGCAUGGGGCGAUGCGGCUCUUCCUGCUGAUGUCUCUGAGCAUCCCGUCGAUCUUCGGGGAGCAGGGUGCUGCGGAUGUGCUCCUGGCGAUCUUCGUGGUGCCGGGGAUACGAUCCCGGGGCUGGUGGCCUCUGCUCCCGGGGAGGAUGAUCUUCCGUCCGAUCUUCGCGGUGCCGGUGACCUUCCAGUUCAUCUCCCGUGUGUUGGGGCUCUUCAGGGCGCCGGGGGCCCUCCUGCCGAUCUUCGCGAUGCUGGGAGCCGUCGUCCUGCCGGUCGUUGCGGCGAUGGGGGUCCUCCCGGUGACGUUCGUGGUGCUGGUGGACCUCGGGGCGCUGGGGAGCUUCCUGCCGAUCUUCGCGGUGCUGGUGAUCUCCCUUCCGAUCUUCGCGGUGCUGGAGCUCUCGGGGGCGCUGGGGGUCUUCUGGCUGGUCUUCGCGAUGCUGGCGGCCGUCGUCCUGCGGAUCCUCGCGGGGACGGGGAGCUCCCUGGUGAUGUUCUUGGUGAUUGGGGUCCUCGGGUCGAUUGGGAUCAUCCUGUCGAUUUUCGUUGCGCUGGGGAUGUUCGUGGCGAUUUGCACGGCGAUGCCGAUCUCGUUGCUGAUCUUCAGGAAGCUGGAGGUCUUCCUGGAUGACGGCGGCCAUGUUCCGGCGGAUCAGGGCGAAGGGUUAGGCCAGGCAGGCCUGGAGCUCGUGGACAUCAUCGGCACGCUGGAGCGCGCGGUCAACCUUCUGUCGAAGCACGGCGCGGCGAUGCUGCAGGAGCCCAAAGGCGUGAGCAACGUCGUGCAGGCGAUCUCCGCGAUGGUGCAGGCCUCCGUCUUCAGCUCCGCGGACGCCAAGAGGCUCGCCAGCUUCGCGCAGGCCACGCAGGGCGAGGAGGACGUGCAGCCACUCGACUGGGCAUCGAGGCCCGCCGUCCAAGCCUGGCGCGCUCGCGGCCGCAACCCGCGGCGGCCGCGCGGACGGCCCUGUCUUCUUGUAGAGCGGCCACGCGCUCGAGGGGACGUCUCCUUCGAAAUCGGCCACGCGCUCGAGGGGCCCCUUUCUUCUUCCGUGAUUCUCCCUGUUUGCUUAUUCUCUCUCUCGCUCUCUCUCUCUCCCGUGUUCUCCUUCUCGCUCUCUAUCCCCUCUCCUGCGAUCCUUGAGCGCGUGCUGCAUAUCCGUGACGCCAUCACGUUUAAGCCAGCCUGCUCGGAUUGCCUGGUUCGCUGUGGGUGUGUGUGUGUGGGUACUUCUUCGGAAUUGCGGCGUGCGCGGAGGGCAGAGGUGGGGAAGGAGCCGCGGCUCAAGUCGGGCCUGUCCCUCUGCGGGGGGAAGAUUCAAAAAUAG